ACUGUUUUGGUAGAAGAUUUAAAAGGACACCAUGUAUUUUUGAUAAAUAUACACUCUAAAAUAUCAACAGUAAAGGAGUUAAAAUGGCGACUUUUGUGAAAACAUUGCCGAUAUUGAUGUUAAUAUACCUUUUGGUUUGCACAGAUCAUGUGUCAGCAGAGACAUGUUUCAUCAACGAUUUACUGGACACGGCGAUUUGUCCAGGUCCCUGCUGCGCCGGGAGAUGUUGCGAGAGUGGAGAAUUACCCCCUCCCCCCGGGACCAGCACGAUCUGUUGGGACCAUAGCACCAAUUAUUACCUGUACUGUCCCACUGGAUGCUGUGAACGAGGCACUCAGAAUGAACGUUGCUGCACUCAAGAAGAAUCUCCAUUCAACAGAAUGCAGAACUGGACACUGACACAGAAGCCUGAUUCCACCCUCUGUUUUAACAACAGCAAGUAUCCUGCAGAUUUUAUUUAUUGUGAACAUGGUUGUUGUGGAGAAACCGGAGGACAGUGCUGUAGGGAGGGAGAAAUCCCACCGUCCCCCGGGCCAAUAGAAGACAAAUGUUAUAGUGGGUGCCCUCACGGCUGCUGUGGGACUACUAUGAAAGUUCGUUGUUGUGUUCCAGGUGAAUAUGGAACUUCUACCCGUCGACAAUUUACAACAAGAAAUAGUGAUGUCACAACACCACACCCUGAUUCUACGUUCUGCUACAUUAAUGAAGUCCACGACUACCGACAUUGUCCACUAGGCUGCUGUGUUGGGAGAUGCUGCAAUGAAAGUGAUAUUCUCCACCCCGGCCUGACGAUAUGUUACAUAGAAGCCGAGCAGAGUUAUCGUUACUGUGGGUACGGCUGUUGUGAUGGAAAGUGCUGCAGCCACCCAUCCUCCACUAUGUGUUGGUUAAACAGUAUACACGAUUACAAGUACUGUCCAAUGGGGUGCUGCGGUGACAAAUGUUGUAGAGAUGGACCUUCAAUACAAUCAGACACUACUCUUUGUUACGAUUAUAAGAAAGAAGAUUACGUGUAUUGUUCUCAUGGGUGUUGUGGAGGAAAAUGCUGUGAUUUGAUCGAUCAACAAGGCCAUCAAAUAUCUGCUGCCAGUAUUGCCUUCAUUGUCCUAGGAACCAUUUUUACCCUAGUUUUUGUGGUUGGGAUAGUCGUUUACGUAAUUUCCCACAGGAAGGGACUCUGGGGAACUCCCAAAAUCAUGCGAACAAUAUAUUCCCUCCCAGAGCAGACACCACAUGUCUAUCAUGAACCCUAUCAGAAAAUUUGAUGCAGUCAGACUUAAAUCAGUAUUGUAAAAUCAUAACUAAUUGCAACCAUUCAAACAUUCGGUGAUAUAUAUUUGCUUACAAAAAGGUCUUUCAGUGAUCUUUGUUUUCCUUUUAGAAAAGUGUUGAGACUCAAAACUGAAUUAUUAAAUGUCAACUGUUUUACAUUCCAGUCUAGAAAUGUAAUCAUAUAUACUAGUAUACCUUUCAGAGAGUAUUUAUGGGGAAUAAUCUGUACACUGAACGAAUGCUUCUUUCUGAUAUAUUAUAUUAACAUGCAGUCUUUAAAGUUUGAUUUUGAUUAUGAAAUAUUUACUAAAGAAGAGGGGUUUAAAUGUUUGGACGAUUAAAUACAAAACUCCCCGUCAUAUUGGUUCAUUUGUUAUGUGACAUAUGAGGAGACAUCAAAUAUUAUUAUAUGAAAAUCAAAAAAGAACAUACAAAUUUAAUAUGAAAUAAAAAUGAAGAAGUGCAAACCUUCAACUGAUUUUAUGAGAGCCUGAAGACUAGAAAAAUGUUGUGUAACGUCCAUUGUUUAAUUUUCACUUUCACCAAGUUUGUUAUCUAUACAAUGUUUUUGUUUGUUUGUUUUGUUUUGUUUUGUUUUUGAAAACUAAUACU